UUUAUUGCGAAACAACAAGUAGGCACCCAGGUACAAAAUGUUGCUGAAAUUAAUUGCCGUUUGCGUGGCGAUUGCAGGUGUGACGGUUGAAUGUGAAUCAGCGUUGAACCAUCCGAGUCCCUUCGACCAACAGGUCCUGAACCUAACCCUGCAAUGCAAGCCGGUUGGCGCCAAAGAACACACAGUCGAUGUCGUGAAGGCAUCCUCCCAUAUAGAAGCUCUAGAGACCUGCGUAGUGGACAUAUUAAAGAAAUGCCCCGAGCCCCCAAGCCCUCGCUUCGUCGAAGAAAUGUUUGACGACGUAUUUGAGUUAAGUCACUGCAAGUCGGCUACUAGAAACACCCCCCUCAGU